UAAAAUCGUAGUUAUGGUAUUUAAGUGAGCGUAGUCAAAUGUCUUUUAGUAUACAUGUAUAAAUAAAUGAAAGAAAUACACGAUUUUAAAUUGCUGGUAUCUAAUUCAAAUAUUAUAAAUGCAAUUCUUGUGUUUAUUAGUGGUUAAUGUUUAUAUACGUGAUGGUUUUAUCGCAGUUAAUUAGAAAACAAACAUCUAAAUACAUUUUCCGUGCAAUUAUCUAAUUGAAGUAUAAACAAUGGCCUUUUCGAGGACAAAUUAUCUUGUGUACAAAAACUAUGGAUGUGGUUUGUGAUUGUGUAAGUUCCGUCAUUCACCAUGUCGACCCCGUGUUCGAAAGGCGGGAUGCGUCUCAGCGAAGCGCUAGACAACAUGCAGCUCGCUUAUAAUCCUAUCACAAAGCAACUUCAUUUUGUGAGUCCAAAAGUGGAAAAAUCUGAGGAAUCUGUUGAUGAAGUUGACAAAUUGUCAAAGAAAAGUAGUUUCAGCGAUGAGGGUAACUACUCUAUGUCGACAUGUGAGAAAAGUGACACUAGUGAUUCCCCUAAAAGUACAUUAAAUUGGGGAAGUGUUAGUGGGCACCAACGAGGCAAAGACGGAGGGUCGUUCUCAAGUACUGUGUCGAGUUUGUCUGAAUGUUCUUUGGGGUCCAGUGCCUCGAAGGAGGAGGAGGGUUCAGAGACAAAUGCUGACCGGGAGCAAGCUAAGCUGAAGAAGAAAGGACUUUCUGGCUUUUUCAGCAGAGGUGUCUUCCCGUGGAAAAGCAGCUCGUCAAAAAGCCAAGAGUCCACGCCGACAGUCACAUGGCGGUUGUUCGGCAGCAAAUCCACACAGAACCUGGUGGCGAAGGCUAGUGCGGACGUCCAGAAGUCCCUGACGCCGGUGUCUUCGGCCGCCAACACCCCACACCAUCAUAAAAGACAAGGAAGCUCGGCCAGCGAGAAGCAGUUUGAAGAUCUGGUGGCCAGUUCCAUUGCGCUGAUACAGCAUGAUCGGCCUUCAAACCUGCCAGCGAAAUGCACCGAAGAGGCGUUACGCCACAAGGCAGAGCACGCACGGAUGGUCGAGGCGGCGAGGCGGAAGGUGGAGCGCGAGGCGGCCGCGAGGCACGCGCGGAUGCAGGAGUCUUGGAGGCUCGAGGAGCGACUGGCGAGGCACGCGAAGGAGUGGUCGCAGAGUAUACUGCCUGAUUGGCAAAAUAUGAAGAAUUCCAAACGCACCCUGGAGCUCUGGUGGAGCGGGCUACCACCUUCCAUCAGGGGCAAGGUAUGGCAGCUGGCCAUCGAGAACAAACUGAAAAUCACCCACGACAUGUACCAGGAAAACGUCACGAGAGCUAAACAGAAGUUGUACGAGGCACAGUUGAGACGAAAGAGGUUGAAAGUAGUCAACAAAAAUCAGUGCGAUUGCGAAAAACCAGUCGAAAUUCAAGAUAAAGAUAAACAAAAAUCGACAGACGAUUUGGACGAAACUAAGACGCGUUUGAGCGGAAUACCAAGGAAUUUGAGCGAGUCCAAUCUCAAAUCUCGCACGGCGGAUUCGGAGUCGAAAAAGUGCUGUUCGAAAUCCAACCCUAAUCUGUUGGAAUAUAGUGACGAGUGUUCGAUGGAGCUGAUCCAGUUGGAUAUAGCAAGGACGUUUCCACACUUGUGCAUUUUCCAACCGGGUGGGCCUUAUUUUGAUGUGCUACACGAAUUGUUGGCCGCGUAUGUGUGUUACCGGCCCGAUAUAGGAUAUAUUCAGGGCAUGUCGUUCAUAGCCGCCGUGCUGAUACUGAACAUGGAAGCGCCGCAAGCUUUUGUGUGCUUCGCCAACUUGCUGGACGGGCCCGUGCUCAGGGCCGCCUUCACCAGGGACGGGAACACCAUGCAGCGUCUCUGGAAAGCGUACACCCGCCUCCUCCGUCAAAACGUGCCGGUUCUCGCGGAUGCGCUUGCGCCGGAGUUGUAUUUGUUGGAAUGGUUGUACACGGCGUUCGCUAAAGCGAUGCCGCUGGACGCCGCCUGUAGAGUUUGGGACGUUUUCCUCAGAGAUGGCGACACUUUCUUGUUCAACACUGCGCUUGGCAUCCUCAACCUAUACCAAGACGAGCUUAAAGACAUGGAUUUCAUAUCAGCCGCGCAGUUCCUCACCAAGCUACCAGAAGACUUGGACUCUGAAGCUCUAUUCAAGAGCAUCUCAUCAGUUUCCAUGACCCUGGACGGAAUGACCUUCGAAGAGUUGGCGUCGUGUUGCGACGUGGAGGACGAAGACGUGGCGGUGAGGUUAUGAUACAAGGUAAGGAGGUGGAGCGAGGUCGGCUUUUGGGAGAUUGUUGACGCGCUCUCUUUCAGGGUCGGGUUAUAGUUUUUGAGAUUACAAUUCCUAGAAUAUACCUAUAGCUUCAUGUGAAUGACAGCGGGACAUAUAUAAUGACUAUGAUUUAAGAGGAUUGAACAUAAAAUUAUGAAUUUGACAGCUGUCAUCAUCAAAUUAAAAAAGGAUACUAGUUUUUGUUUUAAAAGGAAGAGAGUGGAGAUAUAUUUCCUUUUCGAAUUGAAUUUUAUGCGCUUUUUUUCGGUUUCGGAUUUUACUUUAGGGAUCGUCGUUGAGUUUUUAGUGACGAAUGAAGCCACGAGAUGCCGCUUUCGCCUAAACUUUGAAACCAUGAGAAUAUUUGGGCUAAAUUGAAUUUUAUGUCACCGUGUAUAAAAAUAAAUGUGUGUAAGCGGAAAUAACUCUUUUUUAAGUAUUCAUUUAAAAGAGCUAUUUUCCUUUCUUCCUGAAUAAAUAGUUAGAAAUAACUAUAUAAAACUUUACUUACAAAUGGGCCUCUCGAUGUUUAUUACAAUGAUAUUAUGAAAAGAUAUGAAAUGUACCAAAAUACUGCUUAGUACUGUAAGUAAUUAACUAAAAAAUAAUAAUUGUAAAAUCAAACUAUAUAUUCUUUUUAAAUACACCAUUGACUCUUAGACAUAAAACAAGGGUAAGUAAUAUCUUAUAUAUGAAUUACGAUUUGUGUUUUUACAUGAUAUAACAAAAUGAGUUUACUUACACUUUUGGAAGACACUCGUCAAAUAAUCUAAUAGAAUCAGCCCCCUGACAUAGCACGCGCGACGUCAUUAUUAUCGCGCUAAAAUCUUACCAUUUCAAAUCUAAAUAAGAAGCGAAACAGCGAUAGUUUUUCCGCGCGAUCAAAACGUCGUCGCGCGUUUCAUGCUUCGUGGGCUGGUCGGUAUAAUUAGUAUAGAAAUGUCCAACGAAAAAAACAUAGACCUCCAUAAGUAUAGACUAGAAUAUUUACCUUUUAUGUUACAUCCAUGUAUUCUAUGAGUCAUGCCAACCAUCUGCCAUGUUAUAAAAUCUUAAUACAUAAAAAAUGUUUGUUUUAUUGAAUUUUGCAAAGACUUGUAAAUUAUACUAUUAAAUGUAAAUAUAAAAUAGCGGGUAGUUGUAAAAAAUGAAAUGUGAAGUUGCGGCUUCCAAUUUCAAAACGCGUAACACGUGAUUAUCUCGAAUUUAGACUUAAUUGUAAAGACGUAAAAUUCAUUAUGAUUUGUCUAUUUCUAGUUAAACAACUUUCCUAUUAAUAAAAAUACUAGGAUCUGUCCGCGACUUUAAUCGCUCGUAAAUUAUAUUGCCUGUAAAUUUUUUUGCUUGUGAAUUACUCCAUUGUAUAAAACUAUAUUACUGCAAAGUUCCAUCAAAAUGAUACGUACUUACACAUAAUAAAUAAAAGAGAAACAAGUCUUAGUUCACAAACACAAUUUUUACAUUUUUAAAGC